GGGAAAUGUUUUGUUAGCCAAACAUCGUGUGUGACCUGGAGAAUUUUCUGGUUUCCUCCUUAGGAGCUUGCUCUGCAUGUCUACACCACUGAGGCAGAUCCCUGCAAACAUUCCUCAGGAUAUCCGGAAAAUCAGAAUAGAAAAUUCUCACCUAACAGAAUUGCCUCGUGGGUCUUUUGAGAAUGUUAGUGCCUUGGAGUAUCUCUGGCUCAAUUUUAACAACAUCACAGUGAUGCACAUCAAGAGCCUGGAAUAUCUGCCAGCUCUGAAGGAGCUGCGCUUGCAGGGGAACAAAUUAAGUUCAGUGCCGUGGACAGCAUUUCAAGACACUCCAGCUCUGAGAAUCCUGGAUCUGAAGCACAACCGGCUGGAUGUCCUUCCAGAACAUGCACUCCGCUAUCUGCCCAACCUGACCUAUUUGGAUCUAUCCUCAAAUCAGCUUACCAUUAUAUCCAGGGAUGUCUUCUACAGCUGGCCCAUCUACCAGGGAAGCCAGAGGGCGGAGAGGCACAUAGAAGCCAUUUCCAAUGCUGUCCUGGCCCUUCACGACAACCCCUGGAUUUGUGACUGUCGCCUGCGGGGAUUUGUCGAGUUCAUCAAGUUGGUUGGCCCACCUAUUAUUCUGAUGAAUUCCUAUUUAACUUGCUCAAGCCCAAAAUUCAGGGCAGGGAAAUUUUUUCAUGAAGUGGAGCUAAACAGCUGCAUGAAGCCCCUGACCUCAGCCCCUGACACCAAUGUGACAGUCCCUGUGGGGCUGAACAUCACCCUGACCUGCUUUGUGCAAGGCAGCCCUUCCCCAGCUGUGUGGUGGACCUAUGCACUCAAACGCUUCAGGGCAUUUAAUGGUAAGCAAAGCUUUUUCUUUGCCUGCUGACAUAACUCCCCUCUGCUCACAGUGUCCACCGAGCCCAUCAAUGAGGAGACUGUCCGCUCAGAGCUGCUGAUCCCAGCAGCACGGCCAGCAGACACUGGCAACUACACCUGCACAGCUGCCAACUUCUUGGGCAACAUGUCAGUGGCCAUCACCCUGCGUGUGGGGGCCCCGUGGGCAUCCACCACCACCCCAGGAUGGGCCUCCAUCGUCCCUGCUGAGCCAGGGGCCCACGUAGAAGUGCGCAUCGCUAAGCAGACCGUCUAUGGCAUCACCCUGGAGUGGUUUGCAGCUGCAGCGGCAGCAGCAGAACCAGGUGAGACCUGGUACACGCUCCUGGUGGGCCGCUACGAUGCUGCCCAGAAGGACACCAUCUAUAUUGGCCCAGGCAUCAACACAUACUCAGUGACUGACCUGCUGCCUGCUACCAAGUACGAGGUCUGCGUCGCUGUGCGAAACCAGGCACCCCGUAAGGGCCAGUGUGUCGUCUUCGUCACAGGCAGCGACAUCAGCCAGCUGGAGCAGCGCGAGAAGCUCAUCCACAUCAUCGUCAUCGUCUGUGCCAUGGUGCUGGCUGUGCCCGCUGGCAUGUAUGCCUGCACCGCCGAGGCCCGGCCCGGCUGCCUGGCCCGCUGCCGCGGUGCCUGUCCCCGCCGCCGCCGCCACGGGGACCAGGCCCAGGCUGGCAGCAAGGAGAGCACACUGGACAGCCUGCCCGCCGGCAGCGAGGAUGGGCUCUGCCGCCCUGAGGGGGGCCGCGGCGCCCGGCGGCCCCAGGCUCGUGAGGAGCCUGGCAAGGCCCGCCCGCCCCACAGGAACAGCGCUGACCUCUACUAGCCUGGCCCUUGCCUGCCCUGGCAGCAGCACCUUUUACUGAUGACCUUGUGCCACAGCACG